AUUGGAUCACUGCUGGAGUCUCGGUGAGUGUGUUUGUUGGGAGUGCGUGUCAGCCAGCGGUACAUGAAGCUACCGUAGCCAGCGAUGAGAAGCUCUUCCGUCUCCUUGUUUCAUUCCAGUCGCUGAUUACCGUCCCGAGGAGACGUCGGCGUGGAUGCGGAGAAUACCUGGAACAACCGGAAGACUCGGAAGCAAUAACGACUAGGGAAAAAAAAAUAAGCCACAAUUUUCUUCACCUGUUCUGAAGUUGGUGGUUUUGAGGACUACUUUUCAAUGAUACAGUCCAUCUAGACUUCUGGGCACUCUCACCUUAACUUCAAGUUCACCACCCAGACAAGAGGCUCAGGAGUUUUAAAAAUAUCCACAGAACUUAUGUCAAGCAAACUUUCAAAAUAAUCAGCCCCUGCAGCCCCUUGCCCUUUUUUCUGCCCCUGCUGCCAGAGUAUUUAAAUCAAUGGAGGACUCUGAUGUGGAGUCCACAGCCAGCAUCCUGGCUUCAGUACGUGAGCAGGAAGUUCAGUUUGAGCGAUUAACUCGUGCCCUGGAAGAAGAGCGUCGCACCAUGUGUCAGCAGAUCUCGCAGAGGGGCUUCAACAACACCUCUGCAAUUGCCAACGGCAACACUGGAACGCUCACGCGAUUACAACAGAAUGGCCGGCUGACUGGUGAUAUGGAUGUAGAGAGACAGAAGGUUGCUGACAUCUAUCUUAACGGAGCGCAGCCUCAAGCUCACCAGUACAGGAUGAUAGACCCAGGGCAUAUAGUUGAAGAGACUGUAACAGUGGAAGAAGAUCCAGACCAGCCGGAAUCUGUAGUUUCUGUAGAGACCUCAGAGGAUGGAACAACAAGACGUACUGAAACCACAGUGAAGAAGGUGGUGAAGACAGUGACCACAAGAACAGUCAUUCCAUCAAUGUCAGAUUCGUUGUCUGUGGAUGGCUCAGUUCAGGGCAGCAACAACUACUCAGCUACUCUUGACCGUAUGUAUCAAGGUGGAAGAGGAGUAGUGCCAAGCAAUGAAAUGUACAUGGGACCUCCAGGGACAUCCACUGUGCCUCGAAAUUAUCACUAUGCCGACACAGGUAGCUACCAGCGAAACUAUGAUGAUCUUGGCUAUAGACCUGGACCACCAGCACCUGAUGCGUAUGCCAGUUUGUCCCGUGUAACCCGCAUGGAUGAGCGAUACAGACCUGCAGAUGGUUACCGCACUCUAGAUUCUGCUUACCGGGCUCCGAGUCGACAGAAUGAUCUUUAUGCAGCCCAGCCUCAAGUUCGAAUGGGCAGCAAUUUGGAACUAAGCAGUCGCCCUCAUCCGGAACGUUAUAUUGCCGAACCAUAUGGCCUAGAGGAUGAUCAGCGGAGCCUGGGUUAUGAGGAUUUAGACUAUGGUAUGAACACAGGAGGAAUUCCGGAUUACUCCACUGGACCUCGGCGCACUGGUGGAGGAGGAGGCACACUUGAUCCUCGAAGGCGGCUAAGGAGUUAUGAAGACACACUUGAUGGAGAUAUGAGUGGAGGGGAUCCUUAUUACUGGCCUGCACCUUUAGCCCAGGCAGAGCGCGGCAGCAUGGCUAGUCUGGACAGUACACUUCGAAAAGGCCCUCCUGUUCAGUGGAGGCAACCAGAGCUUCCUGAAGUCGUUGCAAUGCUGAAUUAUCGCCUAGAUCCAGUGAAAUCUAAUGCUGCAGCAUUCCUCCAGCACCUAACAUUCCGUAAUGAUAAGGUGAAGUCUGAUGUGAGACGAUUGAAAGGUAUACCUGCCCUUGUCAGUCUCCUUGAUAAUCCAAAAAAGGAUGUACAUUACAGUGCUUGUGGUGCACUUAAAAAUAUUUCCUUUGGCAAUGAUGGAGAUAACAAAGUGGCAAUCAAAAACUGUGAUGGUGUUCCAGCAUUAGUAAGGCUAUUGCGCAAAGCAAGGGACCAGGAUCUGACAGACUGCAUCACAGGCACCUUGUGGAAUUUAUCUUCUCAUGAUUCUGUCAAGAUGGAAAUCGUGGACCAUGCUCUACACGCACUGUCUGAUGAAGUAAUGGUACCACAUUCUGGCUGGGAGAAUGAGCAGAAUGAAGACUCAAAACCUAGGCACAUAGAAUGGGAGACAUCAUUGACCAAUACUGCUGGCUGCUUAAGAAAUGUGAGCUCCGAACGCAGUGAGGCUCGUAGAAAACUUCGAGAGUGUAGUGGUCUUGUGGAUGCCCUCGUGCAUAUUGUCCAGUUGCAGAUUGAUCGCAAGGAUGUUGAUUGUAAGCUUGUGGAAAACUGUGUCUGCCUUUUAAGGAACCUUUCUUACCAAGUCCACAAAGAGGUCCCAGGUUGUGAAAAAUUUCAAGAAAAUAAUCCCCAGGUCAACCAUAAUGCUACUACCAAUGGGACACAAAAAGCCAGCUGUUUUGGCAGCAAGAAGGGUAAAGACGAAUGGUUUUCUAAAGGAAAGAAAGAAUCUGAUGAUUUCAGUGCAGAGGUUAUUGAGUUUCCAAAACGAACAACACCUGCUAAAGGUUACGAGUUACUAUACCAACCUGAAGUGGUGCGUGUUUACACAUCCUUAGUAAGAGAAAGUAAAAACCCAGUGGUGCUGGAGGCAGCAGCUGGUGCAAUUCAGAAUUUAUGUGCUGGCAGAUGGACUUAUGGGAGAUGUAUUCGUUCCAUGGUUCGACACGAGAAAGGCCUGUCAACUAUUUCAGAGCUCCUGGCUCAUCAACAAGACAGAGUUGUCAGAGCAAUGUCUGGUGCUUUAAGAAACUUAGCAAUAGAUAUGAGGAACAGAGAGCUUACUGGCAAGUAUGCUAUGCCUAAUUUAGUGGCUAACUUGCCAGGAGGCCAGCAGCAGCCAGUCAAGAAUCUGUCUGAAGACACCAUAAUCUCUGUUUUAAGCACAGUGAAUGAAGUGCUUGUGCAUAACGUGGAAGCUGCCAAAAAGCUUAAAGAAUGUCAAGGGAUUGAAAAGCUGGUGCUGAUUAACAAAGAUGGCAACCGAUCAGAUCGAGAAGUUCGGGCUGCUGGUCAGGUGUUGCAGACAGUUUGGGCAUACAAGGAGCUCAGACGUCCACUUGAGAAAGAUGGUUGGAAGAAGACUGACUUCAUGGUGAAUCUUUCCCCUACACCACGAAAGACUGGAGGCCCAGGGUACGAAGACAGCACUCUACCACUUAUUGAUAAAAGAAGAGGAGAAAAGGACAAAGACAUGAUUCCAAUGAAUGAUCUUGGGAAUGCUGCUUAUCCACCACUGGAUGAUAGAGAAGGCAAAGAUUCCAGAUCCUAUGACUUGUCUGAUCAGGAUACUCUUCUGAGAGAGUAAUCUUCUGUGCUUCGUGGACAGACUUGUCAUUCCAAUCUCACUGCCGGCAGAAGAAAUAUUUAAUACUGGGACCAUAAGCUUGGAGAAGAAAGCAAUUUGCUGUAUUUUUAUGCAAAAAGUAUGGGGGGACCUCUUGUUUUAUAAUUGGAUAUGGAUGAUCAGCUUCAAAAGACUCCACAGUAACCUGUUAUUCCCGGAUCUACAAUUCCAUGCCUGACUGCUAGAGGGAGAUAUUGGAUGAGGACUGAGAAUGGGGUUCCAGACUGCUUUUAAAUAUGAUUUUUUUUUCUUUCCGAAAGCAUAAAAGAUAUUUUGUAUGUAUAUUUCUUUUUAUAUAUUGGAGCUUUCCCCUUUAAGACCCGUUCCUCCCUCUCAUGGUGUUCUUUACCAAUGCUGCAAAUUCUGAAAUAACUGCUAGCUUCAUCCUCUUUGCUGUGCCAUUGCUGCUGGAGGGAGGAGUGCAGUAUAUUUUGACUAACUACUGCUCAGGUGAUUCCCAUUUGUGUUAUUUCAGAAAACCAUUACUUGGAUGUUUGUUCAGCCCAGUAAUAUUACUGAAGCAUAACUACAGCGGAGGUGUGGCCACUUCACAUUUAAAGACAUUUUUGUAAACCCCAAUUUAUGUAAGCCAGACUUGCUACAAAGGCAUCCUGAAUUUUUGAAAAAUUGAAAAUGAUACAGAGGUUUCCUCAGGUUAAUGUUUAUUCUUUUCUUGGUUUGCAUGUUCAAAGAUAAGUUCAAAUUAAUUCUAGUGGUUCUGAGAAGCAAAUGAUCUGCAUUGUAGAGGUUGCUUCUUAUUUUUUUUGCACAAGGCUGUCAGUUUCAGAAUAUUGUUCACUGAAAACCUUUAGUUCUUUGCUGAUGGGCAUCGUAUGUUUUAAUCACACUGUACACAAACUCAGUGUUAAUGUCUUUUAGGUUUAUCACCACUCCUGGGAUUUAGAUAAGAAGGAGCCAUUAUUGCAGUAAAGUUUUUAUUUUUCCCUGUGAUCACAAUCUGUUUAUAGAAUGUGUCUUUGCCUUCAAAAUAUUUUUUUUAAGUUUGAAAUAUUACCAAUCACUUUUUACAUACAGAAAAUUUCUUGUUGCACUUUUUAAACUUUUUUUAUUUUCAAAUCUAGCUUUUGUUUAAAAAAAAAAAAAAAAAAGUGCUGUAUAAUUGUUAAAUAGGUUUUAGGUUGUUUACAUUGACAACCAGUCUCGCCUUUAUCCUGUGUUCAGCAGGCGUAUGUUACAACACCUGGUAAUUACUCCAUAUAGGUGGUCUUUUCUAGUUAUCACAUUUAAGAGGGGCUUCUUUGGAGUUGUGGAAAUCUGAGACUUUCAUUCCUUAUUUGAAACCAGUACAACUUUUUAGACAUGAUGGUAAGAGCAUAAUACUAAAUGUUAAAUGUAGAAGCAGAAAUGCCACCUUUUUUUUUUUUUUUUUUUUAACACAUCUUUUUCAAGCCUAGGUAAUCUCAAUAACUGGAUGUAGAAGACAAUCUUGACCUUUUUAAAUGCAGUCCAGCUAGAAGAGAGUUUGAUCAGUCAAAUUAGAAUAUCCAGAGUGUUUUGAGUGUUUUGCCAAAAUAACCGGUAAAAUUCAGCUAUACCCAAUAUGUGAAGUGAAAAACGAGCUUAUUUGGCUUUCUCGAUGCCCUACUGCUGAAGUGACUGAAAGCAAUCGUUUGGACUAUUUCCAGAGAUAGCUGGGCACUUGGUGUUAGUUGUGGAGGCUGUUGGGUAUGAGUGAAUAACUUAAUUGUACUUGGAACAGUUUAUUGGACAUUGAAUUCAAGCAAUGUGUCUGCAGUAAUGCUUUCUAAAAUAUAUAGAUUUUUCAAAUAUUGCAGCAUAUCCUUGACUUUUUCUUAUGGGAGGGUUUUGUCUCAGAAAUACACUACAUGUUCAAUGUUAUUUCAGUACCACUAAUCUCUUUAUUGAAAAAUUAUUUCUUGAUCCUUGUUUUGUGUUGGUAAUCUCAUCCACUCUUGUGUGCAAGAUGGCGAAUGAGUUAAUUUCAGUUUUGGCAAUUGUGUUUUUAUAAAUAAAGUUUUCAGAGUGGA